GAAAACGCAAGACAGAUGCCUCGCACGCUCACGCAAGCGGAACCCGGCGUCGCACCGGUCGGUCACAGCAACGCGGCCGGGGCCGUCCGAGACAUCGCAUCGCUUGCUGGCGCCGGGCCUGUAGCCCGCAAUCCACCGGAUGUCGCCCGCGCGCGGCGACCAGCGACCCCGAGGAAUGCAUCGUCGCGCAUUUGCGGCACGCUCGCCGCCUGGCUCUCUGCGCGGAGCGGGACCGUCCCAGCGCAGGCGGUCGCCGACCAAGCGAAAGCGAUGGCCAGCACACUUGGCCUCGACGACUUUGCGGCCUCGCCGAUGUGGCUGGCCGCGUUCCUUCGCCGCUUUCCGGACCUCAAAGCCAAGGUGCUUCCCGGCCCGAAGAGCGCGCCCAUCAAGCGCAAGCGCAUGUCCCUCCAAGAGCAGAUCGAGAUCAUCGACGGCGUCGCAGCCGGCGCGUCCCAAGUGUCGAUGGCCGCGCGCUACGGCGUGCGGCGGCAAACUGUCUGCAAGAUCCUUCAACGCAGCGACGUGCUCCGGGCCGAGAUGCAACACCAGCAGACGCGUGGCAACAGCACGACAUCGCUCACGCGGCGAACGCUCACGGCCGUCUUCCCGACCAAAGCCAUCGACGACGCGCUCGUCGACUGGAUGCGCGCGCACAGCGGCCGCGUCACCAACACGCUCCUCCAAACCAAGGCCAAAGAGAUUGCCGACACGCUCGGCAUGCACGAGUUCAAGGCCUCGGGCGGGUGGCUGCGGCGGUUCAGCCUGCGCAACGGCCUCAACCUACGACGACCGAAGCAACUCGGCAACCCGAUCGAGAGUCCCCAAGCCGACGUGCGCGACGACAGUAGUAGUGGCUCGGACGACCAAGACGACGACGACCAAGACGCCGACGACCAAGACGCCGACGAUCAAGACACCGACGAUCAAGAUGGUGCAGUAAAGGCCAUCGAUGCAGCGAUCGAUGCAAUGCAAGGAAUACCUGGAAUGCAAGCGGACGCUGCAGAGAACCGUGCUGCGGAAGACGCCAGUGCCAUGAACAACCCGGCCAUGACGUGGCAGCCUCCGGUGCCGCCAGCAAACCCGCCCCCGUCCACCGUGGCGGCGAUCGAUGCCUAUCGCUGCCUACGCGCCUACGUCACGGUCCGAGGCGACGUUCGCGCCAUGGGAGAGCUCGACGAGCUCUAUCGUCGCCUCCUACAGCCUCCAAACAUCGUUCACUUGUAAUUCUACUAGACCAAUGCCAUCCAUUCCUGAGUCUUGCAUCUCGUCAGCAACAUUAUUGGACUGAGCACUCUUCAACUAAAACUUCGACUAAAACGAAACCACGCUACCUCGUU